AUGUGUCAUGGCUUGACUACUAAACAAGUCAGAGAACUAGCAUAUCAGUAUGCUGUUCGUUUAAAUCUUUCUAUACCCUCUUCUUGGGAAAAAAAUAAUACAGCUAGUCAAGAUUGGCUUAAGGGUUUUUUAAAAAGGCAUGAUUCGCUGAGCGUAAGAAAACCUGAGAAUACUUCUCUAGCUAGAACUACGAGCUUUAAUAGACACAACGUUCAAAACUUUUUUAAUUAUUUAGAGAAAUGUUACUUAAAGCAUAAUUUCCCUCCAAAUAUGAUAUAUAAUUUGGAUGAGACUGGGUGCACAACGGUCACUAAUGCACCAAAGAUAGUUGCCCAAGCAGGUGUUAAGAGAGUUGGUCAAAUCAGCUCAACUGAACGUGGAGCGCUUGUUACUAUGCUCGGUUUCGCAAAUGCUGCUGGUGGAAGUAUUCCUCCUGUUUUUAUAUUCCCACGUGUUCAUUUUAAGGAACACAUGCUAGAAAAUGGUCCUACAGGUGCUUUAGGCCUCGCUAAUGUUUCUGGUUGGAUAACUGAAGAUUGUUUUUUAAAAGCUUUGAAACAUUUUGUGCACUUUGUUAAGCCUAGUGCUGAUUCGCCGGCUUUAAUUGUCCUCGACAACCAUAAGACGCAUAUAACCAUUAAUGUAGUGCUGUAUGCCCGAACAAAUAACAUAAUAAUACUAACCUUUCCACCUCACUGUAGUCACCGACUGCAACCUCUCGAUGUGACAGUAUUCGGGCCCUUCAAAGCUCGAUAUAGAGCCAGCAUGAAUGACUGGAUGACCUCAAACCCUGGCAAAACUGUCACAAUUUAUAAUGUGGCUCAAUUUGCUAAAGAUGCUUUCUUUGCUGCUUUUAAUAUGAAUAAUAUAUCCUCUGGUUUUAAGAACACCGGGAUAUGGCCAAUUAAUAAAAACAUUUUCUCAGAUGAAGAUUUUUUGCCUGCUUUCGUGACUGACAGACCACAGAAUCUCAAGACUCCCACUGAUUUAUCUGAAGACUCUGACAAAUCUUCCUCAAAUGAAGAAGAAUUGCCUCAAAGAUCUUUUAAUGUCAUUAACCCUGAACUUGAUUCAAAUAAACGAAUCGUUUCACCGUCCAUUUUAAGUCAACCACAAGCUGGGCCCUCUACUUUUAAUGAUUCGCAACCUGAAACAUCGAUCAUAAACGAGAUACGACCAGGAUCUUUUACUUUGAAUGAUCCACAACCUGGAACAUCAACCAUAAAAGAUACACGACCUGGAUCUUCUAACUCUGCUUACCUUCUAAUAACUCCAGAAGUCGUUCGACCAUACCCUAAAGCUUUACCACGAAAAUCUACUGGGAAGCAACGUAAAGCUAAAACUACGAUUAUAACGGAAACCCCUGAAAAAGAAAGACUGCUUUUAGAAAAUAUGAUGGAUAUCUUAAAAAAGAAAACACCCAAAUCUGAGAAACAAAACCUAAAACAUGUGAAACAAAUUUUUAAAAAUAAUUUAGCAGAUCAAGAAUCUAUCAAAACGAAACGUAACGAGAAAGCUAAAAAGAAAAAAAUGAAUAUUACGAAAAAUGUUACAGUUAGUCAAAAGAAGAAAAAGGCUGCACGAAAAAUUGCAAGCAGUAGCAGCAGCAAUAGCAGCGAUGCUUCGUCAAAUAUAGAUACGGGUUCUGACUCAAUAAAUGAUAUAUUAGAAAAUGAAAAAGACGCUCCAAGGUUAAGAAAACGUACAAUUACAAAAAAUAAAACAGGAGACGAUGACCAAUGUAAUGAUCGAGAUUUGAAAUCUGACCAGAAGCAAUCAGAACUGACAAAGUUACUAGCGGACUGCCUUUCAGUGGCCUUUGAUUCGGUACUCUGCAUGACCAGGUUACACGACGAAUGUCCCAAUACGUGCAACGCUUCGAAAUACCUGAAACUGUUCAGAAGUCGCACACAUCAGUUUAUCACUUACCUCUGUCUCACUGGAUGUCUCGAUCGUGGUGAAACUUCUAUGGAGGCAAGAGAGAGCCUGCAAGUGCUGUUAACCGUUUGCGCAGAUUUGUGCCAUCCGUGCAGCCUGGAUUCAGGAAACGAACGUGUUACUGCAAGACAAGCUAUGAAGACAACACUUGGCACGGGUAUAUGUGGGUCUCGCGCAGAGUUUUGCGUGCUGUUCGCGAAAGGGGCAUCUCUAGAGCAAUGCGGGGGCUUUGUCAGAGCAGCAAGGACAGCGCACCUCCUACGGGCGUUGGCUGAGAUGGACCACACUAUAGUGCAGGAGGCGUUUGGUGAAGGUGGAUGGCCUAUUGAGUUUAGAGCCGCGGUUGCUAGACUACUGUCCCAGCAUGCUCCUAAUGACAAGGAGGCUCCCAGGAAAACUACGUUGCGUCUAAGCAGCGAGAAACUAGAACAGAGUCUUUCUGAAACAAUGGUCUUAGAUUUGAUCGUUCUCAUCGGUUUCGUCGUAGUGAACAACCCACAUUUACAGGAAGCAAUAUGCGAAGGCUGGAGCGUAGUAAGAACUCUUUGCACACUUCCCGCUAAUUGGCUGGUCUCCCAAGCAAGAAGCCAAGCAUUGUUGCCUACCCUUUGCGCGCUUGCCGAAUAUCCUGCUUGCGCCGCAGCCAUUGGAUCAGAACUCAGCAUGACUAUGCUCGAGGAGUUUCUGGAAAGUAUCGAUGCUCAGAAGCUGAAACUUGUUCAAGUCAUCAAGCAAGGUAGAGCAAAGAGGCAACAUCACAAUAAGAAAUGA